UUACACUCUCGAGCUGUCUGCCCUAUACGAACUGUGGAGUUUCCCGCCGUGCUAUUUUUAGCCCAUGCAAAACGUGUUUUGACGAAAAUACGGUAUAGGCCUAUAACGAGGAAGUGAGGCCUCGGAUCGUGUCGUAUGUUAAUAAGCCUACUUUAUCGAACAUGACGCAUUCAUAGGACACACUUCAUGACAUCAACAAGGAAGACCCGUAACUUUUCAAGAACGAUUCUCACGAGUUUGUUGUCAUUUUGUCCUGGACGGUUGUGCUAAGUGUGUGACCAAAGGCACCAGUGGCAAUUUGCAGAACGGACUUUGAGAAGCUGUAGAGUGACACAGUUUAUUACAUAACCCAGAGUCGAAUUCGUCUUUUAUAGAGGAUCUCCCGGGCCUUACCGCGACCUUUGACCCCUGACGUCACCUUUUCAAAUCUGAUCUCGCGAGAUAUCGCCAACUCAAUAUGGUUUUCACACAAAACAUGCAACCAGCUUGGAGCGACCACGACCUCUUACAAUUCCAAUACACCAAAGCUCUGGAGAAGUUGUGUCAGACGCCGACGGAUUCUACCUGCCCCUCCCCUCCAUCUUCCUCCCGGAGCCCCAUAGAUGACGUCAUGCUUGCCCAGGGGUACCCAAUGCAGCCAUACUAUCUACCAACUUCACCUCAAAUUGAUACGCAACAGGUCGUCUACGCACAGUUAGUUCAAACGCCAUACGGAGUUGAAUACGUCCCGGUUGUUAUGUCGCCGACGACGCAGCAACUGCCUUCGCCAGAUCUAUUGAAUCCUCCACCAAACAUGCUGGCCCAGGUACCCCAAUCCGUAUACCCAGCCCCUAACCUUAGCACGCUACCCCAGGGCUUCAACACCGUGACGACCCCCAGCCUGAGCACCAUCACCACAUCAAGCCUUAGCACGGGUAGCGGCAGCGGAAGUGAGGACACCUCGGAUGAUGAAGGGGCGGCAGUCUCAGUCACACAAAUGAUGGAAAUUGUCUGGCACGGCCAUUUCAGACAACUCUUCGCUCAAUUCGCCGCCCACUCAUGGACCCUCGCUCCAACCUUCACGCAACCCACGGGAAAAUGGCGGACAUUCCAGGACAGUGCAAAAGUCCGAUUUGUGUGCUCGGAGUGUGCCAAGGGUUGGACCUCGAUGAAGGGCAGGGUCGUCUUCUGGUACUACCUGGACCUGACUACGGGACAAGGCAAUGUCAUGUUCAAACUCUACGGCCAGCAGUGCAAGACAUGUAAGAGCGGAAAGUACGAGCACGCCAUGUGGUACCCGGAGGAGGUGGUCAAGGUCAUCCAAAACAUCUACAGCCGCGUGGGUCAGGUCUACUACGCCUUCGAGAAACCAGCCCUGCGCAAGGAGAGGAGGAACGGGAAACCUGCCACCAUGCACGACAAGGAGCUAUGCCAGGCCUGCGAGCAGGGAGUCUGCAGAGAGAAGUAGUGAACAAGGAGAGGAAGGUCUAAUGUGUUUAAAACGUCAGAUGUUCACGAAAGAGCGUUAUAUGCAAAACUAGUUCUCGCUAGAGGGCGUUGUAAAGAAAAGCUGGCGGGUGAUUUUGUCUAGGUCACUAACUACUUCUGUUAGUAAUAAUUAUGUUCUCAUCGAGAUUUGGUUUUGAACUGUGAGAAAACAAUAUCAAAGGCAUGAUUAAAACAGUCUCCUGCCUAAUUACACGUAGUGCUAAUUACGCCACCUAGUGGCAAAGCAGAAGUUGGCUAGACUUACAUUCGAACUUGCGGCAGGUGUGUAUCAGGGAAAUGAAGUACCACGUUUUCCUAUAUUUCAAAGCUGUCGAUUCACUGAGACUUAUGGUCAACAUUAUAACUGUCACAUAUUCUAUACAAAUUCGACACUGAUAGGCUAUCUGUUUGUUGAUUCUAAGCAAUUUUACAAAAUCGUUCUAUUUUGCUCUAAUCUAAUUUUAUACGAUAAAUGUUCAGCUCAAAACCAUGACGGCCGAGCAUUUCAUUUUAUAUUUUUUAAACUAUACGGCUGGCCGUAUGAGAGAAUGUACAUGUAGCUUGCUUUAAAUUGAAUUCAAAAUUCACUGUGUUAAAAACACGUCUGCAGAAAUGACAUCGAACGCAAAUAAAUCUCAUCCCCAAAUACACAUGUUUCAUCCAAAUUCACAAAAAUAGCAUUCGGGUAUUGAAAUUCAUCAAUUUGGUGACUUCAGUUUUGUUCAAAAUCACCACUCUUGUGUAUGUCAAUAUAGUUCUUGGUGACCUCGUCAUUAGUUCAUUGUAUCAUGCAUUAUAUUUUUCUAUACCAUAUAUUCAUGUUGUAAAUAGGCCCAUUACUAAUCAAGUUAAUGCAGCUACGAUCUCACUAGUUCAGAGUUUAAAAAAUGAAAUAUGAAUCAAGAUUCAUGUUUUUUGGUUGACUGCCAUAAAUUCUAAGACUACAGUCUGAGUGGUGAGAAACACAAAAGGUAUAUCCACGAAUAUGGUCUCCUUUAACUAUAUUGGGCCAUUUUGGACGCCAUCUUUGAUUCUAUGUCACGAGGCCGAAAGCUAACUUGAACUAUGGUUCACCAUUUUACUUGCAUUUAGUUUUGAUAGAAGAAGCGCUGUAUAACAGUACUUGCAGUAUUUCAAAAGGGACCAUGAAGCAAUUUGGAAUGAAUACAAGUAUAUCCCCGGUGUAAAAAAGUAUUAAGUAUAAUUUUCUCUAUAUUAAAAUAAGAGGAGUCACGUUUUAUUUAAUGUGUGUUUAAUAUGCAAAUGUAUAGUUUAUAGUAUUAGUUUAUAUAGCUAUUGACCGAAAUAUGUGUUACAUAUAUUUAUAACAAGUUUAUGCCGAUGUAAAAGUUUAAAGUGUCAGGUUAGAGAGGCCCGGGGACAAAGGAUGAUAAUCUGCCCUGUCAAUUUCCGAGGCAUUGAUGGUCAUGGUCUCUAUAUAAUCAUAUAUGUAUACCUUAAUCUACGCUAUUUCCUGGGUAACAUUUUAGAUUGUUGCUCCUUGUUGUAAAUUGAAGGGAGACUAGCAAUUUUCACCAAUUUGCUAACAGGCGCCUCUACUCGCUCAAAAUACGCUUGCAUCCAUACACACUGCAUGAGAUAAAUAAGUUGUAUCACCAAGUCAAACCCGUAGCCCAGUUUCUUUACUGCGAGUGGGCUUAGUUGCCGAAACCGCUAAUUUGACCCCUUCCUCCUGCUGAUUAUAGUCUCACUUUCAAACAACAACAAUUAAGCUUUGGCAUUUUAGACAAAAUAAUUUUUAUGAAUAUUAUUUGGUUGGGGUAUGGUAGCUACAGGCAAUUAUUAUAGGUAACUGUAAAUAACAUAUUUUAUGAAAAUGUAUUUUCUCAGAUAAGCGCAUUAACUUUACUGCUGAAAAAACUAUAAUCAAAUGAGAAAUGAGACGACAUGCAUGUCUAACGUGCCCAAUAAAUCGUUUCGUCAGA